UAUUUAUUUAUGCUGUUUUCUGUGCAACUAAUAUGACGUUAAAAUGUUAAAUGAUAAUUUUUAUUGGUAGUGCUUCAUAGUUCAUUAAAAUCGCUCUGUCUCCUGUCAUUACUAUUAAUAUUAAAAUGAUUAAAUUUCAAUACUUUUCUGUGUUAAAUUUGUUUACAUGUUUUUCUUCAUAAUUAUAAUUUUUUAACGGAGUAUAUAUUAAAAUGUCUUGUUACGUCCAAUAUUGUCGUGAAUGUGGCAUUGCUAUUUCUAAUGCUGAAACAGAUAACAAUGGGGUAACAUAUUACCUGAUCAAAGUGAAUGUUGGUGAUGUUACAUGGACUGUACAAAAACGAUACAAAGAAUUUUUGGAAUUGCACAAAAAAUUAGUAAACGAACAUACUGUGACCAAAGACAUACUACCUGGAAAAAAAAUAAUUGGAAACAAGGAACCAAAUUUCAUUGAAAAACGUCGAGUUGGCUUGGAAAUAUAUUUACAAACCGUUUUGUCAUUUUUGCAAAAGUCAAUGCCUGAAGAACUAUUAGAGUUUUUAGAAUUUGACAAGUAUGAUGUUAUUUUAAUUGUCAAGAAAUUAGCUGUAGAUUUUUUUCAAAACGGUGAUGAUUACCUUUUGAACGAUAAUGGUUUCAAUUUUAACGUUUUAUUGUUAUAUGCAAUUAGUGAACGAUUGAAAUUACCUUGUCCAGAUAGUGAAAAUAAUGAGUAUAAUUUUAGUCAUGUGUUAGAUUUUUGCUCAAAAUUUAAAUACUUGGCCAUUAAAGGAGGAAAUCAUUAUGUUGGUACAAGUAACAUAAUUUACAAUAAAUUAAAUUUUGAGCUAUCAUCUUUUAAGAAUGUGAAUAAAUUUGAAUGUUAUAAUAUUGCUUAUAAUAUGAUAUACAAUUUAAUGACAUUACGAGAUACGGUACGUAUAAUCACGGUUUACAAUUCAAAGCUUAAAACACCUGAAGAUAUUUUACUAUGUGAUAACGUACAUAAAGAAUGGUCUGCUGACAUGGAUCCUAGUAUGAUUUGGAAUAAAGUAAAAGUAGUUGAUUUCAGUUGGAAUGAAAUACUAACAUUAAAAAGUCUCACAAUUUUAACGCCAAAUGUUAAAACAAUAAAUUUAAAUGGAAAUUUAUUGAAUACCAUUGAAGAUUUGUCACCUCUUUCUUAUCUCAGUCACUUAUCUCUAUCAAGUAAUAAUAUUACUGAAGUAUUCGAUCUUCAUACAAAACUAGGGAAUGUUGUAUGUUUAAAUCUGUCUUCAAAUAAAAUAUCUAAUUUAGAAGCAUUUUCAAAAUUAUUUUCACUAGAAAUGUUGGACUUAGGCUCAAACUUAGUUAAUGAUAUAGAUCAAUUAAAACACUUGAGUGGGUUAGAGAAUAUGAAUUAUUUAGUUUUGUCUGGAAAUCCAGUGUCAACUAUAGUUGACUAUCGAAUUAAAGUAUUAGGGAUAUUAAAAAAGAGAACUUCAGAUUUUUGUUUGGAUAAUGAGAGACCCACUCAAAAAGAGCUAGACACUGUUGCAAUAAUGCAUGCAUUAAAAGUUGCCAAAGAAGGCAAAACAUUAUUUGAUAGAUGAUUUAUAUCAUAUUAAAACAUUAUUUAUUAUUAUUGUUCUUUGUUGUCAUUAAACUACCUAUAUAAUUAUUUUUAUUUGUUAUUUUAUAUUAUCAUUAUUGUUAAAAAUAAUAAUCACAAAUUUAUAUUUAAUUUUUAUCAUGAUAUAAUAAAGUUUACUGUAUCAUGUUUUUGUUUUGUGAUAAUUAUAUAUACCUAUUGAAUUAUUUUUUAUUUUGUCAAAUGUUAAAUAUUUAAUAAUGUUUUAUAUUAUGUUAAAACUGUAUGCACUAUGCAGGCAUGAAUUAUAAAAUCUUUCAGUUGUGAGAUUUUAUAUUAUAAAAAAAAAAUUCAAACUAAUACAUAUUAUAUAAUUAUAUUGUAGCUGUUUAUUAUUUUUACUCAUAAGUCUGAAAGAAAUAAUUAAUUUAAUAACUAUACAGUCAGAAUAUAUUACAACUAUUAAAUUAUUUCUGUGUUAUCACUUAAUACAAAAUAAUUAAGAAUCAAUACAACAAUCAAAUUAUGCUCAUUCUGACAAAUCAAUAAAAUUGUAUUAUUUAUUAUUCAGUUGUGGUUCAAACCUUAUUAAAUAGAACUAUUCCCAUUCCUUCUUUGUUUGAUAUAUACCUACUCAUUAUGAUAUUAUAAUGUGUAUAUAUAGUUAAUAAAAUAGUAACAAAGGUCCAAGUGACCAAGUCUAUUUUUAAUACAGUAGAAUUUAUUAUCAACUAUUAUUUAUAAAUUAUACAUCACAGAACAUUUAACAA